AUGUCUCAGUUCCAGCAUCAGUUUUCAACUAUACCCCAGUACCACGACUCGCAGUAUGUUCGAACCAUUCCGCCCAUGAAGAGCGCUCCGUCCCAAGAGCUCCGCUCAAUUAGUCCUCAUGGACCGGUUCCUCCGUCCCCUUCCUCAUCCACAAACGAAUUCAAAGUCAGCAAGGCCAAGAAAGGGAAGCGAGUGCAUGCUUGCGAGUUUCCCGGCUGUGUGAAGGUAUCACCACCCGCAACUUUCGAUGGUAUCAAUUUAACCUGA